CUCUAGUUUUGUCUGAAUAAAUAAAGCACUUUGUGCUACUGCUUAACGUUUCAGUCAAUUCAAACACGGACGGGACACAGUGUGUAAUUAUAGCAAAAACUGGGGCGUUAACGGUAAAUUCGGUAACCUUGGGAGGAUAAAUAAAAUAAUAAAAGAAAAGGAAAAAACUGCCGGGAAUAUUUUAACGGUGAACGGAGUAAAAACAGCCGGUGAAGGUGGCUCGUUAUUUCCUAUAUAAACCCGUAACCACACCCUCUCUCCCUUCAUAUUUGCAUCUGCCCUUCCUCUCUCUGAGAACCACCCUCCUCUCUCCAUCUACUAGAGAUUCAAGUAGUUCUCAAACAGAUGUAAAAAUGCUUGUAGAAUUCUGUUGACUAAUUUGCUGGAGGAGUAUUUUAUGUCUUUAAGGUUGACAUUUUUUACUAAAAAGAAAAUACAAAUACAGAUAGUUAGAUACUCUUGGGUAGACAAUUUUGUUUGUAUGCAUUUUCAUAUGAAAUGGGUUCUCGAGGAAGGCUGCUAUUUGAUCUUAAUGAACCCCCUGCCGAGGAUGAUGAGGAGACUGAUCGUGUUGUCUGCUUGCAGCCGCAGAAGGCGCUUCCCUCUGUAAAUCCAAAUCCUUCUAACUUGUUUGCAGCAUCAGUAGUUCCCCAAGGAAUAAAAAGUAACAAUGCUUUCUCACAUGCAUCUUCUGUGUCGGGUUUUCAGCCUUUUGUUCGUCCCAAAGUUGCACAUGGCCCUGAAGCAGUUUCUGAACAGAAGAGGGCAGGGGAUCAUAAUCCCAAGUUUGCAUCCUCAGUAAAAGCGAGUAAUGAUGAUGAUGAUGCAACACCAUUAAUUUCAGGUAGUGCAGGUCCUGGAGCUGCAGAAAGAGAAGAAGGAGAGUGGUCUGACGGAGAAGGCUCUGCUGAUGCACCUCCUAGCAAUAGUCUCCAUGAAGUUGGCAAAACUUCACAAGAUCAAGGGAAAUCUGAGUUGAUGGAAUGCAGUACUUCUGGUAUGGGUACUGAAAACAUUUCUGGCAGUACCAAGAUUACUGAUAAUACCAGGGUUGAAAGCUGUGGCCGUGGUCCACAGGGUUCAGAUCAGGGUCUUAAUGAUGUGAAAAGUAACAGUAUUCGAAAUUCAUAUGGCAAUGGUAAUGGUGAUGCAUCCUUAGAUGUUCAAGAAGAAACUGCUUUAGUUCCAAAAUCAAAAGAAGUUAAAGGUGUUGAAGCAAAUCAUGCACUUAAGUGUGCCAAUAAUCUGGGGAAGAGGAAAAUAGACCAGCAUAAAGAAGCAAUGCUAGGAAAGAAGCGUAAUAGACAGACCAUGUUAAUUAAUAUAGAUGAAGUCAAGCAAGCGGGUCCUAUCAAAUCUUCAACACCUAGACGGCAGCCAUCUACAAUUCGAACUGUGAAAGAAGUUCGUACUGUCCCUACACUUGCUGAACAUGUUGGUGAAAGGAUAAUUCAUCCUAUGGUUAAGGAUCAGAAACAAGUUGAUCUAUCAGGCAAUGAAGGGGGCAUUUCUAUGGAGUCCUGUCAGCCUAAAACUGAAUCUAAUGGUGAUAUAAAUUCUGGACAACUCUCAAAGCCUAGGAGGCUGAACAGUGAUACUGAUUUUCCUGGCGAAGGACACUUGCCACCCAUUCCAAGACAGAGUUCAUGGAAGCAGCCUGCUGAUUCGAGACAGCCAAAGAACUUGCAGUUUUCUAAUAGGAAGGCAGCUCUGAUGAGCCAAGGUUCCAUGGAUUCAAAGUUGGGAAACAAGAAACACCUUCCUGCCAAGAAGCCAGUUGUAGUCAGUACCCCAUAUCAAGAUACGUCAGUGGAACGUCUUAUACGAGAGGUGACUAAUGAGAAGUUUUGGCAUCACCCAGAGGAUUCUGAGCUUCAAUGUGUUCCUGGGCGGUUUGAAUCUGUCGAAGAGUAUGUAAGGGUAUUUGAGCCUUUGCUUUUUGAAGAAUGCCGAGCUCAACUUUAUGGCACAUGGGAAGAGUUGACUGAAACAAAUUCACAUGCAAUGGUUCGUGUAAAGAGCAUUGAAAGGCGAGAAAGAGGAUGGUAUGAUGUGAUUGUCCUUCCAGUAAAUGAAUACAAAUGGACAUUCAAGGAGGGUGACGUUGCAGUUCUUUCGACCCCUAGGCCUGGAACAGUCAGAUCCAAGAGGAGCAACACCUCAUCCAUUGACGAUGAUGAUGAACCUGAAAUCAGUGGACGUGUAGCUGGUACUGUUAGACGGCAUAUCCCUUUGGAUACUCGUGAUCCUCAUGGUGCAAUACUUCAUUUUUUUGUUGGGGAUUCAUAUGACCCUUACAGUAAGGUUGAUGAAGAUCAUAUUCUGAGGAAACUCCAGCCCAGAGGCACAUGGUAUCUAACUGUGCUUGGUUCUCUUGCAACCACUCAGCGGGAGUAUGUUGCAUUGCAUGCAUUUUGCCGUCUCAAUUCUCAGAUGCAAACUGCAAUCCUAAAGCCCAGUCCUGAGCACUUUCCAAAAUAUGAGCAACAGACUCCUGCAAUGCCUGAAUGCUUCACGCAGAAUUUCGUUGACCAUUUGCAUCGGACCUUUAAUGGGCCCCAGCUGGCAGCAAUCCAAUGGGCUGCGAUGCAUACGGCUGCUGGUACUAGUAGUGGUUUGACAAAGAGGCAAGAUCCAUGGCCCUUCACUCUUGUUCAAGGGCCUCCUGGAACAGGUAAGACACACACAGUCUGGGGAAUGCUAAAUGUCAUCCAUUUGGUCCAGUAUCAGCACUACUAUACUUCUUUGCUUAAGAAACUAGCACCCCAAAGUUACAAGCAAGCCAAUGAGAGCAAUUCUGACAACAUUGCUAUGGGUUCAAUUGAUGAAGUUCUUCAUAACAUGGAUCAGAAUCUCUUCCGUACUCUUUCAAAGCUCUGUCCAAAGCCAAGAAUGUUAGUUUGUGCUCCUUCUAAUGCUGCAACUGAUGAACUUCUUGCACGUGUUCUUGAUCGUGGAUUUAUUGAUGGUGAGAUGAAAGUUUAUCGGCCAGAUGUUGCUAGAGUUGGGGUUGACUCUCAAUCACGUGCUGCCCAAGCAGUUUCUGUUGAGAGAAGAACUGAACAACUGUUAAUCAAGAGCCGUGAGGAAGUCUCGAAGUGGAUGCAAGAUUUAAGAGGUCAGGAAGCUUAUUUCUCUGCACAAAUAGCGGAUCUUCAAAACAAACUUAAUGCUGCAGCUGUUGAUGGUCGAUCUCAAGGAUCCGUUGGUGUGGAUCCUGAUGUUCUUAUGGCUCGGGACCAAAACCGGGAUGCGUUGCUGCAGAACCUUGCAGCAGCUGUUGAAAGCAGAGAUAAAGUUCUAGUUGAGAUUUCUCGCCUACUCAUUUUAGAAGCCAGGUUCCGUGCUGGUAGCAACUUCAAUCUGGAGGAAGCACGUGCUAAUCUGGAGGCAAGUUUUGCCAAUGAGGCUGAGAUUGUUUUCACCACUGUCUCAAGCAGCGGUCGCAAGUUGUUCUCUCGACUUACACAUGGUUUUGAUAUGGUAGUUAUUGAUGAAGCUGCCCAAGCCAGUGAAGUAGCUGUUCUCCCUCCUCUGGCUCUUGGAGCUCCACGUUGUGUUCUUGUGGGGGAUCCCCAGCAGCUUCCUGCAACAGUUAUCAGCAAGGCAGCUGGAACCUUGUUGUAUAGUAGGAGCCUUUUUGAAAGGUUUCAACAAGCAGGAUGCCCAACUAUGUUGUUAUCUGUACAGUAUCGGAUGCAUCCUCAGAUUAGAGAUUUUCCCUCAAGGUAUUUCUACCAAGGCCGUCUUACUGACAGUGAAAGUGUUAUUAAAUUACCUGAUGAAAUGUACUACAAGGAUCCGCUGCUUAGACCUUAUGUAUUUUAUGAUGUUACUUAUGGGAGGGAGUCUCACAGAGGUGGAUCUGUAUCUUAUCAGAACAUACACGAAGCACAAUUUUGUCUUCAGUUGUAUGAACAUCUUCAGAAAACUCUGAAAUCCUUGGGUUUGGGGAGAAUCUCUGUUGGCAUAAUCACACCAUAUAAACUGCAAUUGAAGUGCCUUCAGCAUGAAUUUUCUGCUAUUUUAAAGUCAGAAGAAGGGAAAGAUAUCUAUAUCAAUACUGUAGAUGCCUUUCAAGGCCAGGAACGUGAUGUAAUUAUUAUGUCUUGUGUACGUGCCUCAAACCACGGUGUUGGCUUUGUUGCCGAUAUUCGCCGAAUGAACGUUGCUCUUACACGUGCAAGAAGGGCAUUAUGGGUUAUGGGGAAUGCUAGUUCUCUGAUUCAAUCUGAUGAUUGGGCUGCAUUGAUUACUGAUGCUAAAGCCAGGAACUGCUAUAUGGACAUGGACUCUCUUCCCAAAGAGUUCUUUGUCUCAAAGGGACCGCAGGGCAAAGGUUCCUCCAAUACAAGGGGUUCAAGGUUAAGUGGACCAAGACAUAGAGCCAUGGAUAAGCACAUGGAGUCCAGGUCAGGAACACCUUCAGAAGAUGAUGAUAGUUCAGGUCCACCUGUCAUUUCAAGGAAUGGUCAUUACAGGCCUUUUAAGCCAUUAUUGGACAAUUCAUUAGAUGAUUUUGAUCAAGCCGGCGAUAAAUCAAGAGAUGCCUGGCAAUAUGGCAUACAGAAGAAGCAGAGUUCUUCCGGGAUUGUGGGAAAGAGAGAUUCAUAGUUGUCACGGUAGUUUUCCGCUAAUUCUUUUGGUGCUUGAGGAUGUCUCUCAGUGCCAGAGGAGGCAGGAGCUCCUUGGAACCUUGGUGUCUUAUGCUGAUUGCUCCUGCUAAACAGAAUCCGAAACAAGGGUCCAGCUGUAACUCCUUGUGCUGAUUGCUUUUGCUAAACAGAACCUGAAACAAACUGGCAGUUAGGUGCUGAUGUUGGAUGCUUGGACUGGACUGGAUGGGCAAAGAUGCUUGCUUUUGCAAUACAUUUGUUUUAAUUGGAUUUGUCUGCUGAUUUCCUGCUGGGAGAUGGAUGCCUUGUGGAGAAGGUUCAGAAGAUGUCACCCUUAAUCCGCCAACUUACAGGUCUGAUUUCUGAAGGUAAGAAAAUAUUCUAUUGCAUGCGGUAACACAUGGUCUAAUUUGAAUUCUUUCUGUUGAUCGCUGAGUUUAUUGCUGGACGCUGGAUAUAUGAAUACCAGGAAUCAAAUGAUGGCAUCAAGAAUUGCUCUGACUAUUUAGAAGCCGAGGUGCCACUAUUUUGGGAUGGAGCUGACUGCUGACUCCAUAUCGACAUUGUUUCUGAUGUCUGCGGUUAAUAUGGGCACAGGGGUCUUCCAAAGUCAUGUAAUUACAGAUUUGCCAUUAUAGCUCUCUUCCCAUAGCAUGCAAGACUAUUUCUUGAUUCUCAAUGUCUUGGAGUAUCAGCACCCUAAUGUGGAGUUGCUGUGUGGAAGGUGUGGUUUGGACAUUUAAUGUACUAGAAUGACAUCUAAAAAAGAGGAGUAUGUGAGAUAUUGGAUGUUUAACCAAAUGUUCUUUCUUCCAGUUGUUUUUUUGGAAGGGGAAGUGAGUGAGGGUACAUGCCUGCAACAGACGGUGGAAAACUAAACUUCUAUAUAGAAAAAGGAAGGUGAGUACAGGAUGAUUGUACAACAAUAUUCCAAUAGCAGAGGCAUUUGUGACUUUUUACUGACUUUGUAUAUAAAUCUCAGAUGUGGAAUCAAUAUGAAUUUAUUUAUUUAUUUAUUUUUGCCAUAAUGAAAAGUAAAAUAUUUUCUUUCAA